UUCUGAUUUUCGCUGUUUCGUACCGAAUUCAUGUCCAUGAAAAAAUGCCCUCGAUUAAAAUAGCAUCAUAUUCAAAACAUUUAUGAUACCUUGAGGCCGUGCCGAUGAAAUGGGAAAUCAAACAUCUCCGCUUUAUUUUAAAAAUAAAUAGUUCUGCUCUCGCAUGUCUUCAGGAAACGUCGUAACUAAAGCCUAUAACCGUACUCCCAAUUCUCCCCGAAUACUCGUAUCUAACACACCCCCGGUAAGAUCAUUCUACGAGCCCGAAAAAUUUUUUUUUACCGAUUCUCCCACCCUCAGAAACCGAUCCACUGUAAUCCAUAAAUUUGUCAAAUCAUCUACCGCUAAUGGUGUUGUCAACGGGGAAGCCGCCCAUCAAAGUGUGGCUGAUGAAGUUUAUCCGCUCACCGAGCCCUCCCUUUCCGAUUUAGUACAAGCUGAUCCCCCUCCAAAAUUACGGCGAAAACGUCGCGCGGCCGUCAAACACCGUCUAUCCGUGCUUCGGCCUGUGUUUGGUAUAUCACUCGCGCUGCUGCAGUGUGCAGCAAUGGCCUUUGUAUACCUCAUGGUUUCGUUCGUGCGCAAGAAAGGAGGGAAGAAUAACGACAACAACCAAUACAACGACGAACCGAGUGUCUCGCCUCUCCUCAUAAGCAACAUGCGCAUGUUCCUACAGCUACUGGUGACUGCACCGCUUGCGGUAUUUCACGGUGAUCCCUUAAUUCCUCCACGUCGCUACGCGUUGGCAGUUUUUAUCAGAUGCAUGGCGGGUUCCCUGGGUGUAGUUUCACUUAUGUUUGCCAUGUCUUAUGCCCCUAUCUCUGAUGCAAGCUCCAUCGUAUACACUUCACCCAUUUUCGUGGCCAUAUUAGCUCGCCUGUUCCUUGGGGAGAGGCUAUCCUUUUUGGACUCAGCUCUUCUGAGCGUCACUGUCGUGGGCGUCAUUUUUAUCACACGGCCUGCCUUUAUUUUUAAGCACUUGCUCCCCAGGGAUGAGCCAGCUGAGUUCCUUGACCAGAAGUACCCCAAUCACUAUCUUGGCCUGGCAUUCGCUGUUGCUUCCGCUUUCACUAGCUCUGCCGCCAUAGUAGCCAUUCGCAAAGUCCGGUCAUUACCUUUCUCACUCAUCCUCGUGGACUUUAGCCUAGUGGGCAUCGUCGUGACAACGGCCCUGUGCUUAGGCAUGCAGGCUUACUCCUUGCCACCUUGCGACUCCUGGGAUCGUCAUCUCCUCAUUGGAAGUGCCCUGCUCGGCACCCUGGGACAGUUCUUUUUAUAUGGCGCUCUUCGGUUUGAGAAUGCUGGCAUAAUUUCUGCCACCGCUAGCAUGGGAAUUGUUUUCACAUUUAUACUGCAAAUCGUGUUUCGUGGCGAAAAUCCACCUUGGACCAGCGUUUUGGGCGCCUCACUCGUCACCUUCAGUAUAACCUGCCUAGGACUACGCAAGUGGCUAGCAAGCCGGCGCGACGCUAAACGUGGAAGCCUCAAAUCCAAAAAAGACACUGCAGCUAUUGAUAUCACCAGUCCUGUCGCCAUCAAGACCCAACCAGUGCUAUCCCUGCCUUCUCAGCCUCUCGCUUUACCUGUGCUAGCCAAGAGUGAUACAUCUCUUUUUUCCCAGACAGGUUCUAUUAAACCGUCUAAAAAGGUGAGCGAUACUUCAUUCAAGGCUGGAAGCUUCGCAAGUUGGAUAGAGGGUCUAGAACGGAUUAGUCUAGGCUGCCGUGAUUCGAGUAGGUCCUCUUCCAAGUAUUCCCACUACAACGUGUUCGAGAACAAAGGGGUUGCAUCCUCCGUCGAAGGUGUGCUCGAUCUAGAAGAAAAGAAUAAGAAAAAUCAAUCCGAGCAAGAAAACCGCGAGAUAAGCCAUGGAGAAGAAAGCGAAAUUGAGGAGAACUGUUACGAUAGCGAAGAGAGCGUUGCCUACGGUACGGUAUCUCCCGCUCCUGACUAAGGCAUGGUUUUAUUGGUUCAAGAUAAAUAUUUGUUUUAAUGAUAAAUGUUAUCUAAAACAUUUUUUUACUAGUUAUAUUCCCAUGUUACCUACUUUUUACGGGUUAUUUUAUAAUCCAUAGAACUUUAUAGCAAAAAUUGUUUAACCCAUUCAUAUACUUUAAAUGGCUUAAUUCCCAUGAUAUCCCUCCAAAAAAAGAUUUUUAUUGUUGUUUUUUAAUUUAAAAAAUAUCGUUAAAGUAUGAAUAUUGUUAUAUUAAGAUUUCUUGAUGAAUAUCUAUACUAUCAAUCAAUUAUUACAUACAAAAAAUGCACAUUAUAUUAAUUUUUUAUUAAUAUUAUUUUUUAUAUGUUUUUAACCCCCUCCCCCCACUCAAUUUUAUCUUUUUGAUUCAAUCAAACUCAAUAUCCCAUCUAUCAGUUGUCUGUAUAAUUGGAAUGAUAUUUUGUAUAACCUCACCUUACUAAGUAACCUGAUCGUGACUUAUCCCAUCUUAGCACAUUAUAUACACCCUCCCACUUUUUUUGUCAAUUGUAUGAUUUUAUUCAUUGGUUUUAAAAAAAUAUUUAAAAACGUGUGUAGUAAAGGAUUAGCUCAAAAAUUUACAACUUUUUUCCUCCUCCAGUUUACCAUUUUGUCCCUACCAAAGAUUGACUGACUUCAUAUAUUAUUAAUUUUGACAUUUCCGGGUUUUCCCGCUAAAAAACCUCAUGAUCGGGCUAACUUGACUAACACUUACCCAAACAAUAAUGAUAAUAUGUUCUAUUUAUAAUAGCGUUGUCAUCUCAUUUAACAAAUACA